AUGGGAAAUAAUACUCCAGAUCAUGCUAUUAUUUGUCGUAAAACAGCCAAAGAAUGGAAAAAUAUUAAAAGUAAAAGUGCUAUUGAAGUUGACAAUAUAAUUAAAGAAUAUAUAUCUAUACCAAUUAACCUAUAUUUUAUACUAACAGUGAGAGCAAACUACUCUAACCCUAUA